AUGCAGGCGCAGCAACCCAUCCCCUUCCAGCGCAUCCCCUUCCAGGCCAUCCCCUUCCAGGCCAUCCCCUUCCAGCGCAUCCCCUUCCAGCCCAUCCCCUUCCAGCCCAUCCCCUUCCAGCCCAUCCCCUUCCAGCACAUCCCCUUCCAGGCCAUCCCCUUCCAGGCCAUCCCCUUCCAGCGCAUCCCCUUCCAGGCCAUCCCCUUCCAGGCCAUCCCCCUCCAGCGCAUCCCCUUCCAGCGCAUCCCCUUCCAGCCCAUCCCCUUCCAGGCCAUCCCCUUCCAGGCCAUCCCCUUCCAGGCCAUCCCCUUCCAGCCCAUCCCCUUCCAGCGCAUCCCCUUCCAGCCCAUCCCCUUCCAGCCCAUCCCCUUCCAGCCCAUCCCCUUCCAGGCCAUCCCCCUCCAGCGCAUCCCCUUCCAGCCCAUCCCCUUCCAGCCCAUCCCCUUCCAGCCCAUCCCCCUCCAGCGCAUCCCCUUCCAGCGCAUCCCCUUCCAGCCCAUCCCCUUCCAGCCAGGAUUCCUGUUUGUUAACCGCUGUUGUAGUGACCUCCAGUUGAUACCAUUUACAAGAGACUGA